UCCCGCCUUCAGUGUUCCACGCGAUACUGUGCUAACGUCACGUACUCUUGCCGGUUCAUUUAAAGUUUUAUUUUCGAUUGUGGUUUUAUCGUUUCCAUUAAAUAUAUAAACGUUGCAAGUGAGACUUUCGGUCGAUAUCAGUCGUUGUGUAUGAACAAUGUCAGAGCCGACGUCAAAAACAUUGAAUCGGCUUCGUAGAAGUCGACUGAUGCUCAAUAUUUUGAUUCUCCUGUAUGACAACAACUAAAACUUUUUUUGACCUCUGGUUUUGAUUAAGGAAUAACUCUAAGUGUGACAAUUAAAUUCGAAGUGAAAAUGUGACACAAAGUUAUUAUACUGCUCAGUGAAUUAUGUGAACUGUAUGUGUAGACUCUUUGAUGAUCGAAUUAGAAAAAUCUUUUUUCGAAUCAAUAACGAUCACUUUAAUUAUUGUGCCAUUGAAAUCUUAAACUUAAUACUCAAGAAAUUAAUUAUAAUUGUGUUCUGAAGUCAAUUUACAUAUAAGUCAAUAAGUAGUAUUUAUGAAUAGUGCAAUAUUGGAACAAAUCCAAAGAUAAUUACUGUAUAGUGAAAAGUGAAAUUUUAAAUGUUCAAGUCCGGUUUGUUCAAUCGGUCAAGAGGGACAAUGGGUGACCCAAUCGAGGUGGAAGAUAGCUUAGAGCUGGAAUAUGAUAUGUGGGAUGGCCAGUUCGACUUUGUCGGGCCUCAGGGUCCGCCUCCAGAGGUGAGGAACCGAAUAACUUCGGACGCUAGCCUCACCGAGGACCUGUUCACGGGCGGUCCGUUGACUCCGCAUCUAUCCAACGGCCUGAACGGCGGGAAGAAAACGGCCGCGCAUCAGUGGUGUGACAAUUUAUCCGACCAAGUACAACUUCUACAGCAACAAGUGACGUCAUUAGCUGACACUCAGAGCACUGCAGACGAGCGAUACGCAAGAGCCAAAGCUGAGAACGCAGUCUUGCAAGCAAGAGUGCACAUGUUGGACGAACAGAUAAGAGAGAUUGAAAGCCGAUGCGAAGAGAGUAUAGCAGAAGAAAAACGACGUAGCAGAGAAGCAAUAACAAGAAUUGAACGGGACAGGGAUUCACAAAUAGCUGCUCUCACCGACAGAUUGACCGCCGCCGAGACCGAAGCGUCGCAUCUUAAACAAGAGGUCGGCCGUCUGCGCGGCGUGGCGGAAACGCUGCAAGCGAACGCGGAAAACUUGUCGCGGGCACACCGCGAGGCGCAGGAGCAGGUCGGCGACCUGGCAGCGCAGCUGAGCGCGGCGCGCGAGGCCGAGCGCCGGGAGCGGGAGGCGGCAGCGGCGGCGGGCGUGCUGCUGGCGGCCGCGCGGCGCGACCUGCUCGCCCUACGAGACGCGCCGCCGCCGCCGCCGGACCCGCGCCUCGACGAACUCACCAAGGAGCUCGUGCUGCUACGGACACAGAACAAAUCACUAUCAGAAGCUCAAGAGGAGCUACAAGCCCAGAUCCUGACCCGUGGAGUUGAAGAAGGCCGCAGCCUGCUGGACGGGGUGAGCGGUCCGCUGGUCGCAACCAACUCGCUGGCCCAUGAACUCUCGCAGAUGAGCGAUGACCAGCUCGAAGGUAGCCAAACACAAACCGAACACGACAUAGAGUUGGAAAAGUUGCAGAAAGCUUUAAAAGAACAACAAGACGUGAACGUACAACUGAGGAAUUACAUCGACGGUAUAUUAUUGGCGAUCGUCGAAAACUACCCACAACUGCUCGAAGUCAAGUAUCAAAAGCAACCGCCCGAAAAUCUAUCAUAACAUCAGUACGUUGCCAUUUUACUUCCAUUCCUUUGUAUAGCGUAUUCACGUGAAAUGAAAUUAUUGUUUUGGAUGUUACAGCGAAAUUCAUUUUAUCUAAUCUAUGUAUUCGUGUAAUGGAUGUUCAAAAUUAAAUUGAUACUGUGAUAAAUGAAAAUGAAAAACGUGUGCUUUCUUCAUGUUUAACGAUUUAUCUUUUUUACAGUAAAGAUUAAAAUAAAUAUAUAUAGUAUGUAUAUCGACGCUUGAAAGGCAAACGUGACUAAGCGACAAUAACUGCUUUGUACAUAAAUG